AAGAAGUAAAUCAACAACUGAAUGUUUUGCAGAGGUCAAAAUUGAUCAUUGGUUUUGAAAUCAGAAGACUUUUUUUGAUGUGGGAAGAAUCUGUGAUGACAAAACUCAAGGGCAGUCAAUCCGCUGAACAUUCAGGAGAUGGAAACCCUAAGGAGAGUAGUCCCUUCAUUAACAGCACGGAUCCUGAAAAAGGAAAGGAGUAUGACGGGAAAAACAUGGCUCUUUUUGAGGAAGAAAUGGACACCAUCCCUAUGGUAUCUUCCCUUCUCAGUGGACUGGCCAACUACACCAACCUUACCCAAGGAGUCAAGGAACACGAGGAGGCUGAAAACAAUGAGGGGACCAGGAAGAAGCAAGUUAAGGUACAACUAACAUAAGGCAUGGAAUAUAUGUGUUUAA